GUCUUCAUUAUUGAUGAAGCACAAAUGUCAUACCACGACCAAACUCUCUGGCUUGAGUUUAUUAAGUCUCAAUUCAGUCGACUUCAUGGACCCAGGGUAUGUCUCUUUUGCUCGUACGGUAGCCCCACCGGAGGGGCAACCAACUUCGACGCUGGCAGCCCUGUCGGGUUCAUCGGUAUUCAAAAGCGCGUAUCUCUGAUAGUGUCCAACAUUCGGUAUGCUCCGUCAAUUUGUCUAUUCUACAACAGAGCCGAAUUCGAUGACGUCAUCCGUCGCCUGUGUGCUGAUAUUCGACGCCCUCUUCCUCUUGACGAUGGGGCCCGCGACUACAUCUUCGAUCUUACAAACGGUCACCCCGGGGCGGUAGAGGCUGUUAUUGACAUUCUAAAGCGAGUGUAUCGUUCAGAAAUCAAACACGAAGGGAUUACCGUGGAAGUCGAUCAUAUUGCGUCGCUUCUUGAUGAUGAGGAAUCAUCGUUCGACUUAUUGGCACUGACUGGGUUCUUGCGAUGUUUUCCACCCCGCAAUGUAGGCACCGCCGCGGCCAAUGUUCUUCGGGCUGUUCUAGCUAAUCAAAAUAUCCCAUUGGACCGAGAUGACAAAGGAACAGAAAUUUGCUAUAAAAAUGGGUGGCUGCAUGCAGAGCCUCUUGGCAUUGAUGCGCAGACCAUAGUGUGCAUAUUCCCAACGAAGCUGCAUCUGAAGUUUGUUGAGUACUACCUAACGGGAUCCUCUGCGCCCUUCCCAUACCAAAAAUUCCCAAGUAUUGAAUUUCUCGCAGAGGCUGUCUUUAGGGGAUUUUCCCUUCGGAAUCUCGCUUCAGCGGCACGCUUGGGUACAGGUGUCGCUGCCCGGCCCGUGGAAGCAUCCUAUCAAGAUGAGUUUUACCGCUCACUACACCAGGUCCUGGGAUUUUCGGCGAAGGUGACUAGUGAAUGGACUGGGGACAAAGACAAUCGUAUAGAUUUCAGGAUCGAUGACCCGAGAUGGGGAAUUGAACUAUUGCGCGACGGCAACCGCCCCAGUGAACACUGUGACAGGUUCGUGGGAAAUGGGAGUCAUACGCCGUGGUUCCAAAAUGGAUCACUCCAGGAUUGGCUCGUAAUUGAUUGUCGGACUUCCUUUCCACGCGAAUACAAUAGGUUCAUCCCCUUUUUCAGCUUAUGGUACACAUGGCUAAUUUCAGUGUAG